CGUAUGGGGAGAAGUAAUUCGUAAAAAGAAAGGACCGUGCACCCGCCCCGGCCUCCGUUGCUGCCUCCCUAUUUAAGGUGUUUUUUUCACCUUUUCUCCUUCUUUUUUUUCUUUCCUCUACGUCGCUCUGGCUCUGCUCUUCCGCAGCAGCUAGCCGCACGACUCUCCUCUCCCUUUUCUGCGCUCUACUUCAUCGAUUAGAGAGAUUGUGUUGGAGAAGCUAAACGGUCAUUUUAUCUAGGGUCCUCCGCUCAUACUUCUCUCAAGCUCUGCCAGAUCCGUAGAAAAGGAACAGUGUUAUCUCUGCUCACCGAUCGCCAGAAACCAUGCCCUGGGCUACGGUUUUGAAACUCUUGCAUCUUGCUACGACAAAAGGUCUCCGCCACCAGAUCCGUAGAAAAGGAACAGUGCCCUCUCUGCUCCCUGCUUGCCGGAAACCAUGCCCUGAGCUAGGGUUUUGAAACGAUUGGAUUCUGCUGCGAUGAAGCUGUGGCAAGUCGGAUUCUUGCCCACCUAUACAUAUGCAAGUCAUUUGAAGCAAACACACCGGAGAACGUGAAUUCGGAGAGAGGGGAGGGCUGAGAGUAUGGCUGCCUUACUCGGCGACGAUGGGCGGGGCUAUGAGCUGGCUCGGAAGCUGGAGAAUCACGGCGUCUGGCGCUCCUGGCUCGGUGAUUCACUCUACCCCACCUUCAUUCAUUUCCUUUCUUCGCCGGCUACAUGGGAUGCCUUCAUGCGAGCCGAUGACUCCAAAACUAGGGCUCAAAUCCAGCUCCAGCUCCGCGCUCGAGCUCUGCUCUUUGACAAAGCAUCAGUAUCUCUCUUCCUCCGCACCGAUCAAUCUUCUUCUUCUUCUUCUUCCGCAAUUUCUAAGCUCAAUCCCAAUUAUUUGCAAUUACACGGAGAUGAUGUAUACUUCACCCUGGAUAGUUGUUCACAAGAUGCUGCUGCUACUACAAGUUCUAUGUCAUCAGAGGUUCAACCUAGAUCAACUUUUGGUAUUGGAUCAAGAUAUGAGUCAGAAAUGGAUUCUACAUCCCAGUGGUUUAAGGCUGAGGAUUUACCGGUAACUUGGUAUGAUCAGUUCAUUGAUAAAUACAAAGCACACAAACCAUACAAGUUAUCAUUUGGGGAUAGGGAAGCAGAAAAAAGGACACCAGAGCUGAUGGCUGCUUAUCUUAGAGCUGUUGAGAAUCAUAAGAGGAGGAGGAUAGCUUUUAGAGGAGAUCAGCAAUCAAACUUGGGGUUGGAUGGAAGUACUGUACUUGAUCAUGAUGGAUCAUUUUUUCCUGAAAUAAUGUUUACCUUGAAUUGUGUUCCUGAUAAUGCAGUAUUGCAAUCAAGUGAAGUUCAGGAAACCAAGAAACUGGAGUUUAAAGGAAUCCUGGAUACAUUACCCCAAAUAAUGACAAAGAGUCCUAUUAUGAUUGAGAGGCUUGGCAUCAAGCCUGAGUACCUUAGUGUGGGACAAGGAGGGAAUCAAAGUCGUGGAAAGAAUGGGUUUGAAGGGAGCAAGAGAGUGCUUGGGGCAGAGCAAGCAUUAAAGGUAUCCCAAAAAGUGGUAGCUCGGACACUAGCAAAUAUUGGAUUUGAAGCUUCAUCACAAGCCCCAUUAGAAGUUAUGGGUCAAUUGCUAAGUUGCCAUAUUUCUAAAUUGGGGCGUAUCUUAAAACUCCUUGCCGAUAGCUAUAGAAAACAGUGUCCAGCCAUUGAUCUACUAAAGAUGUUCCUUCAAACAGCUGGACACAGUAAUCUCGGAGCCUUGGCUGAGCUUGUGAAGGAUAGCAGUAGGAAUGUUAUCCAUCAACCUACACAGCAACUGCAAGAAUUUCAGCCACAAAUGCAUCCUCAGCACCAAGCUCAAGUGCGGCAGUCCCAACAGAUACAGGGGCAAAUGCAUCCUCAGUUGCAGCAGAUGAUUCAAAAUAAUCCUCAAAACCUGGCAUCACAGCAACCGCAGCACUUGGAAAGAAUGCGUCGGCGGCAGCAACCUACUCCUCGCCCUGCAGUUACCAUGGGUUUGAACUCAAAUAUGGAUAUUGAUAAGGAGAGGCCGCUGGCUGAAGUAAAACUUGAAAAUCCUAGUGAUUUCCCAAUCGGUAAUAAUAUUGCAAUGAGUGCAAGAAAUGCCCAGUUAAUAGAAAUGCAUUUUCGCCAGCAACAACUAGCAGCAAUGCAAUCUACACAUCCUCAAAGUGGAAACCAGUUUAGGCCAAUGACUAAUCCUCAAGUUCCGCAAGUUCAUUCACCGAAUAUGGGAAUGGUUAGGGCUCAACCGGUGAAGGUUGAAGGGUUUCUGGAGUUGAUGGGUGGGGAUCCUACAUCGAAGCAUGAUUUUGAAGAAAACAAGCUGACUUCUCCAAAGUAGCACGCGACUAACACCGAAUUAUCAUCUACGGGUAACUUAUUCUGUGUCUUUGCAAUGAUUCUUGCUCUUUUAGGAUCAAAACUGGAAAUGUGCAAUGAUAAAGUGGUUCUAUUUAGAUUUUAGAGUGUUUGGUAUUGAUUCCGACUAUGGAAUAGAGAAUCAAUUGGGAACAUUUAGAUGACAUGCCAUAAGCCAUUGUAAGCUGAUUUGUGUAAAAGAGAAAAAGACAAAAGAUACUCUGUACAUUAUUAUUAUUAAGCCAUUGACAAAGUUGGUAUAUAUUUAUUGAAACCCCAAUAUUAAGUCAUUAUUAUUAGGAUUUUG